AUGCGACUAGCCGGUGCCCGCAUGGACACGACCCUCAUCGAAAUUGUCAAUAUCAAUCUGGAGGAUUUCUCGGAUGCUUUUCUUACCUGUUCCACUUGUUUAUGCGCUUAUGAUCAGCUCAAGCAAGCAAGUUUUUUUUCAGGAACGAAAGAAAGCCAAACUUCUUCCAUGUUCGCAUACAGUGUGUUUGCAAUGUUUGGAGUGUAUGGAACGGAUGCCCCAAGUAGUCAUUUAUGGUUUCUCACUCAUAUAGUAGUUGAAACGGGAACGUUGCGUUGUCCGAUGUGCCGCGAAAUGGUUGCUGUACCGGAAAAUGGUGUCAGCGCUUUUCCAUCAAGCUUUCUCAUCAAUCAGUUACUCGAUUUGAUGCAAAAACAGCGUCGUGACAUAGUACCAAAUUGCUCACAGCACCUGCAAGAGCAGCUUCUGUACUGCGAAUCAUGCGAUCUCGUUUUUUGCCAACUGUGUGCUGCUUCUUCCACGCGUGAUUGUGCUGAUCACACGGUGGUACCGUUCUCGAUCGCAAUCAAACGUUUAUCAGAAAUUGUUGUAUAUAAAGCGAAGCUAUGUAUUGCUAGUUUAAAUACUGCCGCUGUAAAUGUUGAUCGUGAAACGUCGCAACUGGAUCGAAAUGUUGAUCGAGUGGUCGACGAAAUCAAUGCUUCAUUUCAAGAAAUAUGCCAGCUAGUGGAAAAUCGACGCCGUGAACUCCUUGAUAGUGUUCGGAUAAUGAGAGAUGAGAAACGAAAAGCGCUACGCGAUCAAAUGGAUCAAAUUGAUGCUCAUCGUAAAAAGUAA